AUGCCAUCGAAAUGCCCAAAGUGUGAUCACAGCACUUGCAGAUGUUGCAAGACAUGUAAACACAGGCCUUCGACAUGUACAUGUAAACCCAAAAAGUCCCCUUCAGAAGGACGCGGUUCCGAUUCCGACAAAUCAAAGACAUCUAGCAAGUCAAAGACAUCUGGUAAAUCAGCAGAUACAACAGAUUCGCAGAAAACACGCCAGUCUGGUGUAUCCGAACUCACAGGAUUGACCAAUACCAUCAGUGAGGAUCUUAAUCUCUCAGUAGAGUCCUUACAAGUUCUUGUGGAGAACGAAACAAUCAAUAAGAGAGAGAACUAUAUCUUUACAAAUACAGAUAAGAAAAAAUGGUCCUCUACAAUGAGACGCGAGUAUGACACUUAUCACCAACUUGGUGCUGAACGUAUUCAAGGCAAAAGAGACUUUGAUAGAUGGUAUAAAGAUAAAUGUCGGAACAAUCCUACCGAAGAAAAUGAUAGAGAGCUCCAAAAGCGUGCUAUCAAAUGGGCCGAGAAGGCAUUAUCAGAAAUGGAAGGACGGGUUCAAUUCAUGGCCAACUAUCGACAAGCAUAUGAAGGCAUACAGGGAUAUGAGAGACAUCUUAUAGAAGCACAAAAUGUGGCCAAUAGUGCUAGAAAUGCUAUUACGCAUGCAAGACAAGCCAAAGAUAAUUUCACGAGAUUGAGAGCGAGUUCUUCCGCAGCUUAA